AUGGCUUCGGUCUACAAGUCCCUCAACAAGAGCAGCGCCUCCAAGGUCGAGGCGCCCGCCAACGGUGUCCGCAAGAACAAGCAGAGGGUUCUCAUCCUGUCGACGCGCGGCGUCACAUACAGGAUGCCAAGUUCGACUCCAGACGAGGCUCUACGAGCUGACGAGCUCUGCGAGAUGUACACUGCAACAACAUCAUCUUCGGCGGAGGCGCGCAAGGGCAAGGAUCUCUACCUGCACUUUGCCAAGCCCCCCAACGGUCCCACCAUCAAGUUCCACGUCCAGAACAUGCACACCAUGGAGGAGCUCCACUUCACGGGCAACUGCCUCAAGGGCUCCCGCCCGCUGCUCUCCUUCGACGCCGCCUUUGAGUCGGAGCCCCACCUCCAGGUCAUCAAGCAAAUGUUCACGCAGACCUUUGGCGUGCCCCAGGGCGCGCGCAAGGCGAAGCCGUUCAUCGACCACGUCAUGGGUUUCAGCAUCGUCGACGGCAAGAUCUGGAUACGCAACUACGAGAUCAAGGAGGUCGAGGCCACGGAGGAGAAGGAGGGCGAGGAGCUCGACGAGGCGACAAAGAGCAGCAAGAAGGCCGCGGGCAAGGCGCGCGGGCUCAAGGAUACGGAUGUCUCCCUCCUCGAGAUCGGUCCCAGGGCUGUCCUGACUCCCAUCCUCAUUCUGGAAGGAUCUUUCGGUGGUCCCGUCAUCUACGAGAACAAGCAGUUCGUCAGCCCCAACCAGGUGCGUGCCGAGCUGAGGCAGAAGGCGGCCAAGAGGCACAGUGCGCGCGCGGAACAGACUUCGGAGAGGUUGAACAAGAAGGGAGAUCUCGGCUUGCGGACGAACGGCGGACGGAAGCAGCCAACCGACGCCCUGGACCACAAGAUGCUUUUCGCGUAA